GAGACAAAGGAAGAUCAAUAACAAGACGGUGGGAUCAAUUAGAAGCUGGAACAGAUUAGAUAAUCCUUUAUAUAUUAAGACGGAUCAUUCAACGCUUUACAUUUCACUCGCUUUUCAAGCAAACGACAUGAUCCUUAUACUUUUAAUGCUCAUAAUUUCUGUAGUUGUUGAAGGAGUUCAUGAUGAUGAAUAUGAUUUCAUUAUUGUCGGUUCCGGUGCCGGUGGUUCAGUUAUGGCUAAGAGAUUAUCUGAAGAUCCUUCUAACAAAGUUCUUCUAUUAGAAGCUGGAGACAGACCUUCUAUGAUUAACGAAAUUUUAGGAAAAGCCCUGAGCGUACUGAAAGGCGCAAAAUUUAAUUGGAAUUACACUUCGGUACCAAAUAUUAAAAUUGGACAAGCAUUAAAAGAAAGGCGUCUUGUAGCAACGGCCGGUAAACUUUUAGGAGGUUCAACAAUGAUUAAUGCAGGUGUUUAUUCUCGUGGGAACAGACACGAUUAUGAUAAUUGGGCACGAAAUGGAGCUAUUGGUUGGGAUUGGAAAAGUGUUUAUCCAUACUUUUUGAAGACGGAAGAUAAUCGGGAUGAUGGAAUUAUUAACAACGGUUAUCACGCAGUUGGUGGAGAACUCGUAGUUCAAUUUCCACCCUUCCAUACUCCUUUAGCAAAUGGGUUAAUAGAAGCAGCGGAAGCUACGGGAUAUCCAUAUGGAGAUUUUAAUGCAGAGCCCCAAACAGUUUUUAUGCAGCCCCAAGGCUAUAUUAAUCGAGGAAUAAGAUGGACAGCAGUUCGAGCAUUUAUCGAUCCUAUCGUUGGAAGAAGGAAUUUUCGUUUGAUUACUUCAGCUUUAGUCACUAAAAUAUUAAUUGGUGAUAACAAUAGAGCAUAUGGAGUUUUAUUCGAACAUAAAGGUAAACAGAUGAAAGCAUACGCCAGAAGAGAAGUGAUUGUGAGUGCAGGAACAUUCAAUUCACCCAAACUUCUUAUGUUAUCGGGAAUUGGACCAAAAGAGAAUUUACACAGUUUACAAAUUCCUGUAGUAUCAGAUAUUCCGGUGGGUCAAAAUUUAAUUGAUCACGCUUCUACAUUAAGUAUGCAGUUUCUAGCUGAUUCUUAUACGUUUGCUGAACAUCGCAUUACUAAGGAAUAUUACGACGAGCUUCUAAUUAAUGGAACAGGACCAUUAGCUACCAUCGGAGGAGUAGGAAUAGAAGGUUUUGUUAAUACAAAAUAUAGCAAACAAUACGAUUGGCCCGACCUGAUGAUAUUUUGGGAUAUUUCAGGAAUAGAUAAUGGUCUCUCAAAUGCCAAUGAUGAGCUGCAAAGUAUUUUCGAUAAGUUUAAAGAUAAGGAUAUAAUUAUCUGCGCGCCAUAUGUAAUUCGAACGAAAAGUCGAGGUGUGCUGACGUUAGCAUCAAAUAAUCCCCACGACGAUCCUUUAAUUGACUUUAAUAUUUUCUCUCAUCCUUAUGAUUUGAAAGUUGAAGUCGAAG